GGCGGUGAAAGUCAUUCGUGUUUACUUUACCGCAACUAUCCGUGGGCGGGUAUUGGGCGGUACUUGAUUAGAUUAGAUCAGCUCAGCAUUUCUAUAAAUCCUAAAACAGUUGAAUUAGAAAGCAGUAAGAAACAAAAACCCUAAAUUGAAAGGAAAAUAAAUGUCGAGCGGGUGGAGAAGAGCAGUGGGGAAUGUAAGGUCGUUUAUAGGGAAUUCAUUGGGAGGGCUGAGAGGAGGAAGUAAUGUAGCGUCGUGGAUCGUUGCAGGAACUUUAGCUUACUAUCUAUGGAUUAAGCCAUCACAAGAUCUUAAGCGACAACAAGAGGAAAGGGCAGCACUUGCCAGUUCUGAUCCUUAUCGUUACAUUGAGAAGCGGAAACCAAUUCCUGAUCCACAGGAAACUGGAUUGAUAUACGGAAAGAAGAAUAGAACAAACAAAUCAGAGGAAUAAUUUGCUAUAAAAAUCGCAUGCUUAUAUUGCUUGUAAGUUAGAUUUUGUUUAGUUACUGUUUUAUUAAUAGUAAAUCUUAUUUUUUUUCCCCUGCAAGUUGCAAUAAGAAAUGGAAACUUAAGUUUGUUUGUUGAGAACCUAAAUAAUUAUUAUGUCUAUUAUGUUAGCAUUGUGAAAUUUCCAAUUAAAUUGUAAUAUACUCGAAUUUCUUUCUCCCCCAUAUAGGUUAUUUUUUCAGAC